AUGCCAGCAAAUGCUACUGCGGCGGCAAAGGACUUCCUCUCCUUCGUCAACGCGUCUCCCACACCUUUUCAUGCCGUGAAGGGCGUGAAGGCAAGGCUCGCAGAAGCUGGAUUCCAGGAGCUCAAGGAGAAAGAAUCUUGGGCACCCAGCUGCGUUCCAGGCGGAAAAUACUACCUCACUCGAAAUGGAUCAACCAUUGUUGCCUUCGCCAUUGGAAAGAGAUGGAAGCCCGGGAACUCUAUCUCCAUGAUAGGUGCACAUACAGAUUCGCCAUGCUUAAGGAUAAAACCUGUGAGCAAGCGGCAGGGUGAUGGUUUCAUCCAGGUUGGGGUUGAGACGUACGGUGGAGGCUUGUGGCAUACUUGGUUCGACAGGGAUCUUGGUCUUGCAGGAAGAGUCAUGGUACGAGGGGCCAAUGGAUCAAUCACGCAGAAACUGGUUCAUAUCGAGAAGCCAAUCCUUCGAAUACCUACACUAGCGAUACAUUUGGACCGGCAGGAGACGUUCUCAUUUAACAAGGAAACUCAGCUAUUCCCAAUCGCCGGUCUGGUUGCCGCCGAACUGAGACGACAGGAUGGUCUCAAAGCUGAUAGUACAGACAAACCUUCUGAGGUGGAUACAGAAAGUGAAGGUUUGAACCCAUUGAGAGCUGUAGCACAGCGGCAUCAUUCACACAUCGUCGAAAUGGUCGCGGCAGAAGCUGGUGCCAAAGCUGAAGAUAUCAUGGACUUCGAAUUGGUUCUCUACGACACGCAAAAGGCCUGCCUUGGUGGCUUGAUGGAUGAAUUUAUCUUUUCCGCAAGGCUUGACAACCUGAAUCAGACAUACUGCGCCACAAUGGGCCUGAUCGAUUCCGUCUCGAAGUCAACGGCGUUGGAUGAUGAGACCUCGAUGCGCUUGAUCGCCUGCUUCGACCACGAAGAGAUUGGGAGCAUGACGGCCCAAGGUGCAUUCUCCAUGAUGUUGCCAGCCAUCCUGCGACGACUGUCCGUACUACCGUCUUCCACGUUCAGCGAGUCAGAUUCCGAGCAGUCUUACGACAAGGCCAACGACCCGGAAUCAUCGACAGCUUAUGAACAGACACUGGCCAGCUCGUUUCUGCUCUCUGCGGAUAUGGCUCAUUCGGUCAAUCCUAAUUAUUCGGGCAAGUAUGAAUCUGAUCACAAGCCGGAGAUGAACAAAGGCCCCGUCAUCAAGGUCAACGCGAAUGCCAGGUAUGCCACCAAUUCACCGGGAAUAGCGUUGCUGCAGGAGAUUGCUCGGAAGGCGACCAAGACUUCAGAGGAUGACGCGGACUGCGUUCCUUUACAGCUCUUCGUUGUGCGCAAUGACUCGAGCUGUGGCAGUACGAUUGGGCCCAUGCUCUCGGCGCAUCUGGGAGCUCGCACACUUGACCUGGGAAAUCCUCAGCUAUCGAUGCACAGCAUCCGAGAAACAGGAGGAACAGAAGAUGUGCAUCAUGCUAUCCGACUUUUCAGCGGUUUCUUCCAGCACUAUUCGAGCUUGGAAAAGACAAUCUUGGUUGACUAG